AUGGCUGGCAACCCCCAAUUUAUCUUGAAAUGGCUUAGCCUAUUCGCCAUGGUGCUGGGAGCAUUCAGUGGCGCGACUGAUGAGCUAUUUCUGGACCUUGAUGGUGAAUCAUAUGUGUCUGCCGUACGUGAAAGUCGUUACGGCGAUGCCGUGUGGGCGCGGUAUCAUAUGGAUGGUCGAGCUGUGGGCAACAUCAUCGAGGCAGACAACACUACUGUGACAAAGGAGCUGCUUGACGAUGCCACGGGCUACAGGCUCGGCAAUCCGGAACUCUACAACCAAGUGGCCACCAGAUACAACACCACUAGCUCGAACGACGGACAUCGGGAACUUGUCGACAUUAUCAUCGGUGUUCUAGAUGAAGACCUCAAGGCUCUUGAAAAGCGGGAUGUGACAUACACUAUCAAGUGCAGCAGCUCAAAUCUAGCCCCACGUAGUUCUUGCUACGAGUUGCUUCAGGACAUGAACCAGUACCAAACAGACCUUGGCUCAACACGAAGUCUGGACCUGAAUAAGGCCGGUCCCUCGCCAAUGACCCUUGGACCACUUGACAAUCGAAGGAAUAUGAACGCGCACCAGUAG